AUGUUACCAGGGGGAAUGUUGAAUCCGCUGGCUGUUGUCCGAGGGAGCGGCGCGUGGACUAAGUGGAAUGUGACUCAGCAUGACGUGUUUCGGUGUGCCGCUGACGUGGCUGGAGAUGGUGGCGCUGACAGAGGCUGCGCCAUGCUGAUGCCGCCGCUGAGAUUGACUGGCGAAUCAGAGGAAGGCGAUGGAGCGGGGCAUACGCGAUUCGGAUCAGGGGAUAUGCGGUGCGAGGUCGCGGAACGGCCGCAAGUGACGCUGACGUUGAUGGGUGAAGGAGGCUGCGGACUGCGAUGUGAUUGGUCCAAGAGGAGACGGGUGGAGGCCCUGACGUGUAAUCAGGGUGAGCAAGCGCGUUCAAGUUAUGACUUCUGGAGAAACGAGUCACUUAUUAUCGAAGAGCCUCGUAACGAGUCCCUUAGUGGGGAGCUUUCCGGGCCGCAUCAUUUCAAGUCGAAUUCAGCGGUCAGCGAGAGCGGCUCGAGCCGCUCACCCGACUCGCCACGCGAGCCGCUUGUCCUGUUCGGGAAACCGUUAAAUCCAACGGACGAGACGGUUAAUCCAAUGACGGGAACCACAGCAACCGACGCAGACACGUGCGAUGCAAUGGCUGCAAUGGCUGCUUCUCCGGCCCACACGUCUGCAAUGGUUCCUCCGGCCUCUCCUGACGUGGCUGCUGACGUGUGCGACGCUGAGGUGGCACCUGACGUGUCAGCGAGGGAGAGCGAACCCGCUGCGGCAGCUGCGGCUGUUCUCGAUUUCCCAGCAACACCUGAAUCAACGGCUGGAGCAGCAGGAGAAGCAGCUGAGGAAAAUCACGCUGUUGAUCGUCGAACCGGCUUGAAGCCUCACGUUCUAGCCGCUGGCGGCGGCGGCGGCGGUGGCGGCGCCACCCCGCGCGGGAUCGGGAAGCUGGGGCGGCGCUUCCGCGGGAUCCGCCAGCGGCUGUGGGGGCGGUGGGCGGCGGAGGUGCGCGACCCGUUCGCGCGGCGCCGCCUGUGGCUGGGGAGCUUCGACUCCGCGGAGGAGGCCGCGCGCGCGUACGACGUCGCGACGCGGAGAUUAAGAGGCCCCUGGGCUAAGACAAACUUUCCUCUGGACCCGCGCGACCCGGAGGAUAAGGAGCAGCUUGCGCGGAUGGCGGUGGCGGUGGCGGCGUGCGCCAAGGGGCGGUACCGUACGAAGCUGGCGGCGUGGCGGAAGCUGUGCGGGCCGGUAGAGGUGGCGGGGGUGGUGGUGACGGGCGGAGAUGCGGAGGAGCGCGCGGAGGCGGGGGCGGACGCGGAGGGGGGGUUGGAUGGGGGCGCGGAAGGAGGAGGAGCGGAAGAGGGGGGAAUGGCGGAGGAAGAAGCGGAGGAAGAGGAGGCUGUGGGUGACGCGGUGGUGGCGGAGGGGGUAGAGGCGGAAGGGGAGGGGAAAGGGAAGAGGGGGGAGAACGAGAACGAGCAGGAGGAAAAGGAGGAGGAGGACAACAUUGAGGAGGAAAAAAACGACGACGCUUCUGCUGGUGAUGAGGUUAUGACAAGGAGUGGCACCAGCAUCAGCAUCAGCAGCAGCAGCACCACCAGUACACGUGAAAUGGCUGACGUGGAUGCCAUAAAAGCAACGCCUGAAGUUGAGACUCCUGCCAGCUCAGCGCCUGCCAGAUCUGCUCCUGCCAGCUCAGCGCCUGCCAGAUCUGCUCCUGCCAGCUCAGCUCUGGAGUCUAAUUCUGCAAGGACUGAAGGUGAUGCCAAGGAUUCAACUAUCAAUAACGGUGGAGUCACCGUGGAUCCGGUUGCUGUAAGCACGGCCUCGACCAAUGAAGGCUCUCCAUCUGUCCCUGCCCAAAAACCUGCGGAUUCUCCUGUGCCUGCAGCUGUACCCUCAUCAUCCUCUGUACAGUCCCAGCUUUUUAGAGGCGUGCGUCAGCGUCCUUCAGGCAAGUGGGCGGCGGAGGCUCGGGAUCCAACCACGAAGCGCCGGCUGUGGCUCGGGAGCUUUGACACGGCUGAGGAGGCGGCCCGAGCUUAUGAUGCUGCAGCAAGGAAGAUGAGAGGUUCGGGUGCCAGGUGCAAUUUCCCUACCAAGGAAUAA